GAAGCCUGCGAAGCGGCGCAGUCCUCUUCACCAUGGCGACGGCUGGGGCCCCGCGGCGCUUCUGCCGCUGCGCCUGCUUCUGCUCGGAGAACUUGUACGUGGCGCGCUACGGCAUCCACGUGCGCUUCCGGGGCGAGCAGCAGCUGCGCCGGGACUACGGGCCGAUCCUGCGCAGCCGAGGGUGUGUCAGCCCCAAGGACUUCCAGCAGCUGUUAGGAGAGCUUGAGCAGGAGGUGGAGCGACGGCAGCGGCUGGGGCAGGAGUCGGCUGCCAGGAAAGCCCUCAUUUCGAGCUCCUACCACCCAGCGCGGCCUGACGUCUACAACACGCUGCAGGAUGAGGCUCUGGCCCCCGAGUUUCUGGCUGCAGCUGAGUACAGCACAUCGCCGGGUGCAGACCUUGAAGGCCUUCUCCAGCGGCUGGAGACGGUGUCUGGGGAAAAGCAUAUCUACCGGCUGCCGGUGUUCACAGUGCCGUUCUGCCAGGCCUUGCUGGAGGAGCUGGAGCACUUCGAGCAGUCAGACAUGCCCAAGGGAAGACCCAACACCAUGAACAAUUAUGGGGUGCUGCUGCACGAGCUAGGCCUGGAUGAGCCGCUGGUGACACCCCUGCGGGAGCGCUUCCUGCAGCCACUGAUGGCCCUGCUGUACCCAGACUGUGGUGGGGGCUGGCUCGACAGCCACCGUGCCUUCGUGGUCAAAUACGCGCCGGACCAGGACCGUGAGCUAGGCUGCCACUAUGAUAACGCUGAGCUUACCCUCAACGUGGCCCUUGGCAAGGCCUUUACAGGGGGCGCCCUGUACUUUGGGGGCCUCUUCCAGGCACCUUCAGCCCUGGCCAGGCCCCUGGAGGUGCAGCACGUGGUGGGCCAGGGCAUCCUGCACCGGGGUGGCCAGCUGCACGGGGCCCGGCCCCUCGACUCAGGUGAGCGCUGGAACCUGGUCGUCUGGCUCCGGGCCUCUGCUGUGCGCAACCGCCUGUGCCCCAUGUGCUGCCGCAAACCCGACCUGGUGGACGACGAGGGCUUCGGCGACGGCUUCACCCGUGAGGAGCCCACCACGGUGGAUGUGUGCGCACUGACUUGAGCCAGGCCGGGCCCGUGGGGGGGGGCGUGUAGCAUGGCAGGCGAGGGCUCUGCCUCCUUGGGGUGGGUGGGACAGGAAUAAACUCCCUGCAGCCCGCAGGCACUUCUUGGUUCAGAAGGACACACAAGCUUCUGCGUCAUUCUGUCCGCAGACAGGCUGGCUUGGGUCAGGUUUGUUAGAGCCAGAGCCUGAGAUGGGAAUUCUGGGGCAAUACCUUCAGGGGAAGGGCGUGAGGGAACCACAGGGCGGGAAGGAGCUGGGCCAAGGUGUGGUUUCAAAGAGCCUCCAGCCUCAACCCAAUCCCGAGGAGCCCUCGGGAGCGUGAAUCUAGCCCUCUGCCCCCUACGUCAGUUGGCUACAGGGUGUGGCUGGGCUGGGUGGGGAGGUGGCAGUAACUGCCCAGACAUCCAGCUCCAGGGCAGGGUGGCUCCCAGUGGCCGAGGGAACCUUCCAGAGAAGAGUACGGGUGUGAAUUAGCAGCGGACACCACAGCUGGGGUGGAGCACGUCUGUCUAUAAAGGGGAU